AUGGCUUUAAUUUACUUUGAUCUUAGAUAUAUUUUAAAACAAAAAUCGGCUGUUGGUUUCUUCAGCACCAAAGUUAUAAUCUCCGUUAACUUUAUUUUUUGUUCUUUGUUUCAGGAUGACACGAGAAUCAUGAAAGUUGGGGACAAAAAAAAGUGGAUUCACGAUCCGAGUAGUGAAUUAUGCCGACCAUUAAAUUGCAAAAAAAAAGAAUUGUGUCUUUUGGAAGAUACAUUUACUGCUGUCUGUGUUUCGAAGAAAGAACUCCAUAAAUCUGGAUGUCAAGAGUGCCCAGUAGUGAAACCAAACUUCCUCUGUGGAAUUGACAACCGCACAUACAGUUCCCCUUGUCGUCUCGAGUACCACAACUGUAUUCAUCAUACUUCAGUCCACAUCGCGUGCAAAGGAUUCUGCCCAUGCAAAGGAGGAUCAGAUCUUAAAGUACACACAAAAAAAAUUCCCCCUACUAAACUUCAAAAGAAUAUUUUGGGAAAAACUGGUCGGAAUCGCGAUAUUACCCUUACUCCACGAGAUUUCAACUAUGACAAUCAUCAUUAUCAAUAUCUUAAGUACAGCAAACGUCCAAAGGGAUUGGGAAUCAACAGCAAGUACGAAGAUGACAUAAAGCAUUCAAUGAGUAAUGAAAUAAGUAAAAAUCCAUCAACCUUGAAGCCUACUUUCGAUUCCCCUGAAGCCAAGUUCAAUCGAUUACGAAACACAGAUUGUCCACCCUCCUCUAGACCAGCAAUGGCUAAUCGAUUGUUGGACUGGUUCUCAGUGGUAAUGGCUGAUGCUAAAUACCGUCGUCAACACUCUAAGUCUAAGGGUCAUUUCCCCAUCGGAUGCCAGCCAGAAGUCAGAUGGAUGUUUGGACAUUUAGAUAAUGAUGAAGAUCGUCGUAUCUCCUUGGCAGAGCUGUACAGCCUUGAGCAUGACCAAAAUGAGCCAUGUCUUAAGCCCUUCCUUGACGCAUGUGAUACUGAUGGUGACAUUUUCGUAAGUGGACCAGAAUGGUGUGGGUGCUUUUCGAAAGCAGAAAGACCAUGUGCUGCGGUUCGCAGGCGUUCUUCUCCUGAUGUUGCACCAGCUUGCGAUUCUCGAGGAUAUUAUCGCAGUAUCCAAUGUCAUCGUGGACUAGGUUUGUGUUGGUGUGUCGAUCCCCAUGGUGUGGAAUUUGCAGGUACUCGCACUCGUGGUUCUAAACCAGAUUGCGGUAAGUAUGCAAUCGUCAGCAAGAUAAGUAAUGAUGCUCUGAAGACUAAUAGCGUAAACCUCGAAAAUGAAAUUAAUGACUACGACGAUGAAGAUGAUGGCGUAGAUUCUGCAAAUGAUCUCGAGGGUUCAGCGGAUCAGCCCCUCGAUUUUUAA